UCCAAUGUCUGCCACCGGUACUGCCCCUCCCACCUCCACCGGCUCCACCAAGGUGGAUGCCAUCAAGGAGAACGUCAAGGCCGCCGCUCCCCAGAAGCUCAGCGGUCUUGCUCUGUACUCCAGAUUCGCCUUUGCCGGUGCCGUCUGCUGCUCCGUCACCCACGGUGGUCUCACCCCCGUCGAUGUCGUCAAGACCAGAAUCCAGCUUGACCCCGUCACCUACAACCGCGGUCUCAUUGGUGGUUUCCGCCAGGUCAUCCAGAACGAGGGUGCUGGCGCUCUCCUGACCGGUGUCGGCCCUACCUUCGCUGGUUACUUCCUCCAGGGUGCCUUCAAGUUCGGUGGUUACGAGUUCUUCAAGCAGCAGGCCAUCUCCAUGGUCGGCUACGAGAACGCUGUCCAGAACCGCACCGCUGUCUACCUCGUCUCUUCCGCCUUUGCCGAAUUCUUCGCCGACAUUGCCCUCUGCCCUCUCGAGGCUACCCGUAUUCGUCUCGUCUCUGAGCCCACCUUCGCUUCCGGUCUCGUCUCUGGUUUCUCCAAGAUCGCCAAGACCGAGGGCCUUGGAGGUUUCUACUCAGGUUUCGGCCCCAUGCUCUUCAAGCAGGUUCCCUACACCAUGUCCAAGUUCGUCGUUUACGAGAAGGUUGCCGAGGCCAUCUACAAGCGCGUCGACAAGGCCACUGCCUCUCCCGGUAUGCAGACCACCAUCAACCUUGGUUCCGGUCUCAUCGCCGGUUUCGCUGCCGCCCUCGUUUCUCAGCCCGCCGACACCAUGCUCUCCAAGAUCAACAAGUCCAAGGGCGCACCCGGUGAGGGCACCACUUCCCGUCUGAUCAAGAUCGCCAAGGAGCUUGGUCUCCGCGGUUCGUACUCUGGUAUCGGUGCCCGUUUGUUCAUGGUCGGUACCAUUACCGCUGGUCAAUUUGCAAUCUACGGCGACAUCAAGAAAGCCAUCGGCGCAGAGGGAGGUGUGGAAAUCGCCAAAUAAGUGUCUCUAGCUCUGAUAGAGGAGUGGCAGAUGCGUUUAUGACAAUACCAAAACAGGAUACAUGUUCGGGCAAAGGGGAGAUGGGCAUCACAUAUGGACACUUCCACCCUUUUGUCCAUCUUCGGCCAUUUAUCACUCGUCGGGUUGAAGACAUGGCUGGAACUAGUACUACCUUCGGAUCCUACUACAUAAUCUUCGACUCGGUCUGUACUUUUAGGAGUCUUUCAGGGAAUGCAUUAGAUUUUUUUUCUCGUUCACUUAUGUUUCUGCGUUUUGGUUCUUUGUAUGACUGGUACUCGAGCGAACUAACAGAUCCGCUUCUGUGCUCGAUCUAGACACCAACAUCGCCAACAAGUGAACACGCAAGUGAAAGAGCCCUGGACUGAUAGAACAACGUAGAUGUAGGGGCACAGGAAUUGCACCAGAACCGAGCUCUCAGCCUAGCAAAGGCUCCUUACAACAUAGCAGUUAAAAGGCAC